GCUCUUUUCAUGCUCACGUCCAUCGCGCUCAAGUUGUCGCUGUUGAUCUUCUUUCGCCAAUUCGUUCUCGAACGCAAACAACGCAAUGUCAUGACAUACGUGACGGCAGUCUACUGCGUCAUGUCAGCGAUAGGCAUUUUCCUCGCUCUGUUCCCCUGCGGUGCGCUUGUUCACUUGGCUAAGAAACGAGUCAACGGCCAGUGCAUGCCGACGGCUGUAUGGAACGGUCUGUUAUACACCCACGGUGCCACUUCAGCACUUUCGGAUUGGAUCUUCGCCCUCUUGCCGAGACUGGUGCUAUGGAGAUCAUCCAUGACUGCGAGGAAAAAGUUGGGCGUUUCAUUGCUGAUGCUCUUCGCCGUCUGUGGAUCGCUGUGCGCGCUCCUGAGGACGAUAUACACUGGUACCCUACACUUUGACGAACGCUACUACGACGCCAAUCACAAGCCACACUAUUAUCAUGUCACAGCUCUGGUCAUCAAUAUGGCGAUACUGGAGAUGGGUAUCGGAAUUACGACAGCUUCCGCAGCGUGUCUGAUGCCUCUAUUCAAA